AUGUCAACAUUGGACAUACCCAGGUUGGCCACGUUACUAGAAUCGACAAAAGUCAAGGACCGCAACGAUGCUUUAAAUCAACUCGAGUUUGUUUCAAGCUCAAAGUAUAGGCUAUCACUGAAACAACUUCGAAUUUUAACAACAUCGAUAUUCCACUUGCUAGACUAUGAAUCAAGGAUAUACAAGAACGGGCUGUCUACUUCAAGAAAUUCAGUUGGCGAGCGACUAAACUCUGCUAGCUACUGUUUACGUUUGCUCAUCGAGAGGUCAAUCAGUGAUAAGUUGAAUAUUAGGUACAAGGUUUAUCUAGACGUGUGUUUGUUGAUCAAGAGUCUAUUUUAUAUCCAAGGCGAGCUCUUGGCACCAUGUUCGGUGAAUUUUGCAAAAAUCAUGGGAAACAUAUUGAGCGUCAAGUACGUGGUUGAACAUCUCAAUAAAAAGGACUGGUCAAUGUUGUUUUUCUUCAUUAUCGAUGUUAUUGAUCGUUGUUUGCAAAAUAUGGCAAAAAGAACAACAACAACAAGUAAUUAUGGGAAUGGGGAACCAAUUGAACGUAUUAUAGCAGAGUUUUGGAUAGCAGUGGAGAGCUUGUUGCAAUGCGAAUGCUCAUCGUGCUCUAUACAAAUAUACCACAAUGAUCAAUAUUUCAGCUUACUACUGGUACUAAAUGAAACAUCACAAAUCUACAAGAAAGAGAACCCACUUUACAUCUCAUUGUUCAAAAUCAUCAACAAGUUGAUCGUAUCACUUGCUACAGUCAAUUUCAAAUUUGUAAAUAAAUUGGUCAAUAUAGGGUUGAAACUAAUUGUUUGUUCUUAUGAAACAAAUUGGGAAAAACUACAGGAUCAGCAUCUAAUCUUUUUGAAUUUGCCAACCAUGCACCGUUUUAUUAGCUUACAUGGAUUACCAAAACUUUUUGGAGAUAAUAAUCUUCAACUUUCAAACAUAUUAGACGAGGUUUCUGGAAUACAGAAUGGAAAUGGAAACAAAGACAAAGGCAAAGAUAAUAGCGAAAACGAGGAGCACGGCGAAGUUCUACUAUAUAAUAUCCAGCAACUAAUCCUAUUUUCCAUUCAAAACAUGAUGUCCAAUCCCCGUAGCUUAGCACUGUCCAGUAUUGGUAUUUCUCCGCAAAAUGCAAAAGUAACAUGGUUCAAGUUGAAAAAUAUUUAUUUCCGCAAUCAGGAACCACCAAAGCCAUGGUUGCAUAUCUUGGCUGUAGUUAAGCUCCUCAAGUCUUAUUUUGCUAUCAAAAAGAAACUAGCGCUGCUUUUGCUGGGUAUACUGAUUUAUGGAAAGGGUGCUCACAUGGGUAUUAUUCAGACAUCACUAUUAAAGUCAUCGAGCACGGUUGAAUUUUGUAGCGAGUUAUUGUCAUUCAAGACAUCACCUGAUAUACAAACCUUGGGCUUGAAAAUUUUAACUUUUUAUAUUGAAGCUUUUCCAGUUGUCACGAAUGCAGAAUUAGGGAUAAGCAUCGCUAACGAAAACAAGCAGAGCGUUACAAGUAGAAGCGAUUCGACAAACACGACAUUUGAUUUCACUAUAAACAAUGAUUUGGAAUCAAAAUUUAGCAUUCAAACUUUAUUGCAUAAUAUAUUGUGUACCUUUGAUGUAGAGUCCUCCCGGGUUUGGGCUUUAUUACUAUCCAGAACUUUGAUAAAAGAGCAUGAUGCAUUUAGGGAAACAAAGCCGUUGAUUAGACUAAAUUUUCUUCGUCUGGUGUUUAUGCUAUCGCUCAAUCUGUUAAAUAGACCAAAUAGUUUCACCACCGCUUGUGAUUUAGUUUUUGAAAUAAUAGUGGACAAUGAACAAGAUUUUCAUAAACUUGUUGAUAACUCAGUGCUCACCCAAGUAGACUCAACAAUAGAUUUGUCAGAAGUUAAUGGACCUUACUUGAUACAUAACGAAAGUUUCAAAUUUUGGUACGCCAUCUACAAAAUGUCCGUUGAGCUUAAUCUUCCAAAAAGAAGUGUAUUUCCUCGAAAGAUUGAAGACUGGUUAAUGGCUAAAUGGGAUAUGGUAUUUUACCCGCAAAAUCAUUCCUUUUUGGAAACAAGUAUGUGCAUGCCCGAUUUCUUGUUUUGGUUAUCAGGCAACGAUCUUCACUUUGUAGAAGCAAACUCGUGGUGGAUGAUGACUGAUUUGUAUGCUGGGUCAUUUUUUUCCCCAGUCGUUUGUGCACAAGAGUAUCAAGAAUCAUUAGAGCUGUUUUUAGUUUUGGAAGGUGAGAAUACUGAAAAGAAUCAAAAAGCGCAUAAUUUUAGUGGUAUUCCACAAUUUUUUGGAGAGAGGUACUGGACAAAGCUAGUUGAUACUUUUAAGACUUUUAAUGUUGAUCCUGUUAGCUACGCGGCGUUAUUGAGUUGGUUGGUUUUUAUAAUGAAUAUUUAUAUCAAAAUGCGCUCAGUUGGUGACACAAAUACAAUAGCUAAACUCAAUUUGCUACGCUAUCAGUUAUCGAUUGGCAUUGGGUCAUUUAGAAAUAGUCAUAUCAGUAUCGACGAUGCGUAUGAAAUUCUGCGAGUAUUCAACACUUAUUUAUCUUCAUCAGAAACAAGCUGCAGUACUAUAGCAGAGUUUAUUCGUGGUUUCCCGUUUGAUGAAAUAACGAGAAUCAUGGAUUCUGAGUAUUUAAGAGAUCGACUAUUUAAUAGAAAGAGAUCUUUUCGAAAAGAGGAAGGAGAAGAAGAAGAGGAGGAGGAGAAAGAAAGAGAAAAAGAUGAUGAUUAUGAUGCCGUUGUUAGUAAUGAGUUUGCAACUGUAAGAGAAAGUAGCACUUCGCCAGCAGAACAAUGGAAAAUAGACAUCACUUACUUGGAGUUGUCGCAACAACACAGCCAACCGCAAAUCUUCCAACUACUCGAAUUCAAAAUGUUCAAAAGUACUUUAGAACUCAAACGGAUUUCUGAUAGCUUAUCAGAAUUACUUACAUUUGCCGAGCAUAUCGGUGAUACGCAUAUUCUAUCCGUUUUAUGGUUUUUAGUAGACCGGGUGUUGCCGAGAAUCACUACCAUGCAGCCAGAAGAGACUCUUUCUGUUACCCAGCUAAUCAGACUUCUUGGGAAUAGAAUAUUAGCAGACCAAAGGUUUGAAAAAAAUGAAAUGGUAUUGGUUAUGGUAUCAAAAAUGUUGAAGCUUUUGGUUCCUUUGUUAGUUGAAAAUAAUACCAAUACAGAUUCAGCGUUGGUCAAAGAUUGUAAUGAUGUUAUUGCUUGGAUAUAUGCCUUGGGAAGCAAAGACUUUAUCACAACAACUAUUUCACUACGGUUUUACGUAGAUUUCCUCAUAAGCUAUUUGCAAGUGGCAAAUGACCAUGUGGUCAAGAGAUCAGAUUUGGAAAAUGAAAUAUAUCGACAAAUAUCAGAGUCGACUAAUGAAAUGAGAAUUCAUAUUGUAGAUGAAGUUUCAAGUUUUAUAGCAAAGCUGAGCUCUUUGGGACAGGAAAUAAUCUACUCCAGGCUAUUCGAUACUUUUGGUGAUCCUCAGUCUUCUGUUGAGACUGGUGGGACAUACGUAUUGUUUUUUGCCAAAUUGGCAUCUGCACUGCCCAAAAUCUUUUCAAUGGCAUUGUUCAAUUUACUUGAAUGUUCUACGUUUCCAUUUCUUGUUCCAUACUUGAAGAAAUGUUUGAAUCAUAUUAUUAUCAAGAGUAGGUUCAGGUCCAGGUCCAGGUCCAGCGAUGUCACUAUUCGCGAUAUUUUUGUUCAAUUUAAACUCGAACUAUUGAGGAGCUGGUGGAUUAAUGAUUCUUUUGAUACGUUUCCAUUCACAUUAUUUGAGUAUGAGUGUCUCGAUGACUUUUUGAGCGAAAACUAUCGCGACCUUGUCGCUUGUAUAGUAUCAACAAAACCACCAAAUGAAAAAGUACAGCAACGUGCAGGCGAAACAUUACUUAACCUUGCUCGUUUAAAGAAAGUUACAUUGGAAACAAUAGUUGCUGAAAGUUUAUCACUAUUCAUACCCUUGUCGUAUACCAAGUACGGUGUUAAGAAUCUGGCUUUUGAACUAUUGGCGAAAUAUGUCAAGGAUUAUAAAAGUGAAGUACAAUCGCAAUUAAGUUUAUUAGUUUUAGAGAUUAUCAAAUUUAUUGACGUACUGAAAGAAACCGACGUUGGAGUGAUGUUUCCAAAUCAAGAUACAUUGACUUCAGUUUUGGUUGGUACAUCUGACUCAAAAACUUUCGACGUUUCUACAAACUUGAGCAUUUGUAUGAAAUCAGGCGUGGAAUUGAUCAAUAAAAUUGUAGACAAGUAUAGUGAUCCGGGUAAGGAGUUUUGGUCAAUGCAGAAUACAUAUUUUUUGAUCAGACAAAUAAGCUCCUUAUUGGACCCACUGGAAACCGAAUUUUGCUACAACGCCGUUAUUUUAAGGAGAAUCAAAUUGGUCAUUUUGUUAUCCAGUGGUGGAGACCCUUUGUCCGUAGAAGCGAUGGGGAUGUUGGCUUCUACCUUGUCCCCUUUUCUUGUUGGAGAUAAUAGCUACUUGCUAGUUAACGACAUUCUUUGCAUCUUUGCCCUGUUCAGUAAUCUUUAUCAUCAUGGCAAUCAAGACGAAAUUUCCAAAACGUUGUACGUGAUAACAGAGAUCGCCUAUGCCUUGUUUCUUAGCUCAAACAACAACACUAAAGAGUCUAGCUGUGCUGAUCCUCUUUAUGCAAUGGUUAUUGGCAAAGUGAAGGACUAUUUGGAUAAUGUUGAGACUUUCAACAGGGAGGAAAACUCAUACCUCAAAAUUGUUUCGGCUGCAAUAAAAGUUUUAUCUGGGGAAUCGGUACAUAUUCAAAUGCAAAUGUCCGACAUGGUGUCUUGUUUAACUGAGAGCACUUCAAAAACUUUGUUAGCGUUAUUAUCGGAGGUGUUUGAUUAUAUUGAUGUUGAUGCUGAUGUUUCAACUGAAGAAGUUCCUGAGAACUCAAAAGUUACUCAAUUUUUGGUCGGUCUCCCAAGUUCUCAAAUACAGCAAUUGUCAAAAGGUUUUAAGCUUUGGAUCUCAAACUACUUAUCGCGUUUUUACCUUAAAUCGAGUACAAUCAAGCUGUUGGAUGUUGUGGAACCACUUGAGUUUCCUAAUGUAACAAUUGAUGAUUUUGGAGAAAAUGCCAAGUACUAUGACCAAGCAAUACAAGCAUUGGCAAACCGCUACACUGCUAGUAAUAAUCAUAUUGAUUGUGCAACUGCGGAAUCUGUGUUGGGAUGUCUCAUAAUGAAGCACUUGGAAGAUCCACAAGAUUUAUCACGUUUUAUAAACUUCCAAGUAAUUGCGGAAAGGUUCAGCCAUUACAUAUUACCCAUGAGCCUUCUGACCUGUGUAUUACUCAACGAUGAAACAAAGAUCAAAUAUAAAAAUAUUACAUUGGAUCAAAUCUGUCAAAAUUUCGAAGCUUUUUUCAAAACACACUCUGAUACAUGGUGCGUGACCCUUUAUUUGGCGAUAUUACAAGAAUUGAGUAAGUUUACCAGUUUGGGGCCCAUCAUGAGUGCGUUUGUAAUUAAAGUGCCGUCAUUUGCCACAGAAACUCUUGCUCCCCUUGUUUGUUUUUAUUUAAGCAUUGGAGGGCGUCAAGGAGAAGAUAAAAUAUCACUCAUUUUCAAUUGUUUUUUGAAUAUAGUGAAAAAUACACCUGUUCUUGCAUCAAGUACUUUUCUUAACGUGUUGAGGUAUAUAAGAAUUGCUGCUAAAACUUCCCGGCUCAGUGCAUAUAAAAGAGUCUUUGAUAAAGUAAGUGUGAAAGAAUAUUAUCAAGUAGCUAUAAAGCUGAAAAUGUUUAAAACUGCGAUGAUGCUUUUCGAAGAUGCUUGUUUUAAUGAUGAUUUUACUGACCCGUUGGAUAUCCAUUACGAUGAAUUGCGUACUAUUUAUGAAAAUCUCGAUUAUGAGGAUUUGAUCUAUGGUUUACCAGAAAGAACCACUUUGGAACACAUAUUGAGUAUGAUCAAUACUUCCAGUGCGAUUACUUCCACUUCCGCUUCCACGACCACUUCCACUUCCACGACCACUACUACUACCCAAUUCCAAUAUAGCAGUGGCUUAUUGGAUACAAGCUUGAAGUUGGAUGAACCUCCUGCGUGGACAUGUGUUGAAUCUGUGUCUAAAGCUGGUAUGCUAGGUAUGGCGCAGCUUAUGAGUAAGAACCUCGACUCUACAGCACAUUCGGGUGAUGAAUAUGAAUGGAGCUGGAAACUUUCAAAGUGGGUGCAACCUGUACCGAAGGAUACAUCAUGCACAAACAAAAUCAUAUAUGGUGUAUUGAAACAGAUUCAUGACUCGUCCUCCUCCCCUUCUUCGUCAAUUCGUCGUCAUAGUAUCUGUCAAGAGGCAUUACUUAAAGUACUCGAUAUCGACCGCAACGGGGUCAGCAACAGCAUCAAAGAGAAGAAAGAGGCAACAAGGAGCUGGCUUAAAUCAUUGGCAUGUGUACAGAGUAUCUCAGAUUUAGUCAAUGGGUCAGACUCUGGAAUUGUUUUACGGGAACCGUUUUCGGUUGAGUUUAAAAUGCUUGAGGAUGUUCUUCUUGCACGACAAACAGUGUUGCAAGUAUUGGCGGAAGACCCCGAACUGAAACUGGUAGCUGAUGAGUUGUGGUUUCUGUCAUUAAUUGAAAUGGUCAAGUACAACAAUUUGGCUCGACAAAACAAGGAAAACCAAAAGAUGAUCUCGUCAAUGAUCCUCAUAAACGGUAUAUGCAAAAAAUUGCAAAGUUUUGAAAUUUCGUUAUCUCAAAAUAUGAUGAAUUUGUCAUUGUAUCAAGCAGCACAAACGUUGUGGGCCCAGGGAAAUACGAAUGUUCCUGUUUUAAUGUUGAAGGAAUUGUAUAAUUCAGGCGGUGUAGAUGUUCAAGAUGGAGAUUUAAAAGUGGACAAGUUCUUAAUCCGAGCUAUGAUGGUGGAAUGGAUGUCUGAAUCUCGACAAGACUUGGCUUCAAAUUUAAUGACCACACAAGUGCUUCCAACCGCAGAAAAAGCAAUGAUGCUUGCAGAUCCAAAACAGCAAGUGCAGAUUUUCCAUUUGUUUGCAAAAUUUUGUGAAUCACAGUUUAAAUCGAGAUCUUUAAACGAAAAGAUUGAUUUGUUGGAAAAGCGGUCUCAGGAGAAGAAAAAUCAAGUUAGAGAGGAAAAAGUACACGUUGAUGAGUUACCCAGUGGUGAGAAAAGAUUGGCUAUCAAGUACUUGACAAAGUUGAAAUCGUUGUACAACAAAGAGAGGCUUGAACUAGCUGAAGCUAAAGCGAAUAAGAAACAGUUUUUUUCCAAAGCGGUUGAAUAUUAUUUGCAAAGCUUAAGCAUGGGGAGCGAUUCUGCAAGAGAUCUUGACAAAUUCGUUGCGCUUUGGUUGGAACAAUUUGAUGACAAUGAUUUGCAUGAAAAGAUUGAACCAAAAUUACUCGCGUUGCCAACGUAUAAAUUGUUGAGUUGGUGUUCACAAUUAGUAUCAAGGCUUGUUACUGAAACUCUGCGGUUUCAAUUAGUGUUGAGACAAUUGAUUUUGAACAUGUGCGCUGACCAUCCCUAUCACUCUUUGCAUUUAUUAAUUUCAUUGAAAUUGCAAGCAGAACAAGCUAAAAAGGACUCAAAUUCGCUCCUUUUUUCAAAAGCUAAUUCGGCAAAGUCAAUUUUACAAGAGUUGCUGACUAAGGAUCCUUGCUACGUAAAUGGCGUAUUGUUGCCAUUUGUUAAAUUUACUGAGGAGUGUGUCAAAUUGACAAAAGUUAAAGCAACUGGCCACUCGAUGAAUUUGCAAAAAACGCCACUUGGAGCAUACUGGUUGCAUUCUUUACCAAGAAUUCCAACACCUACAAAGACAUUAAAGGUUGAUCACACCUUGAAGUAUGACAAUAUCCCUGUUUUGCAGCAAGUACGACCUGAAGUUGGAAUAUCUGACUCGGGCCUAAGCAAGCCCAAAAUUGCUUCAUUUAUUCUCUCGGAUGGUUCAAAGCACAGAAUAUUGUUCAAGUACGGAGCUGAUGAUCUUCGUCAAGAUUCUAUUAUGGAGCAAGUUUUUGGAAAAGUGCAAAAUAUCUUUGAAAAGGAUAAAGAGUGUAGCAAUAGGUACUUGACAAUCAGGACUUAUAAUGUUGUUCCUCUUGGACCCAAAUCAGGAAUAAUUGAGUUUGUGCCAAACUCGUUAUCCCUUUCUGAUUGUAUUCUUCAAUAUCAUAACAAAUUUGAUCAAUUGAAAAUAGGUGAAGCAAGAAAGCUCAUGGCUGGAGUGCAAUCACAAGGUAAAGAAGCUAGAGUCAAGGUUUACAAAGACAUUGAGUGUAAAGUUAAGCCCGUUUUGAGAUAUUUUUUACAAAACAAUUUUUUGACUCCUGAUUCAUGGUUCGAUAGUCGAGUGAAAUAUUCCCGUGGCGUUGCUACUUCAUCAAUAGUGGGGUACAUUUUGGGGCUAGGGGACAGGCACUGUAACAACAUCUUAUUGGACAAGCUGAGUGGAGAACCCAUUCAUAUUGAUCUUGGUGUUGCAUUUGAUCAGGGACAUAGUCUUCCUGUACCCGAAACUGUUCCAUUUCGGUUAACUAGAGAUAUGGUUGAUGGUCUAGGUGUCACUGGAGUUGAAGGUGUUUUCAAAAAAUCCUGUGAGCAUACAAUGAGAGUAUUAAGAGAGAAUAAAGAGCAUAUUAUUUCUAUAUUGGAUGUUUUACGAUGGGAUCCUUUGUACUCCUGGACAUUGUCUCCAACGAGAAAAAAACUGUUACAAAAAGAGGAGGCGGGUGGUGUUAUGCAACCGGAAAAUGAUGGUUCUGAAGCAGGGAGGGCAAUAGUCACAGUUUCUGAAAAAUUGGCUGCAAAUGGGUUAAGUAUAGAAGCUGCUGUACGUGAGUUGAUUCAAGAAGCCACAAAUCCAGAAAACUUGGCAUUAAUUUAUCAAGGUUGGUCCCCAUUUUAUUGA